GGUCUGGUCUUGGCUCAGUGCUAAGCUGCCCAACAUGAAAACGGUGCCGAAAGAAGAGCUGUUGGUAUGCCUUCCAGUGCUGUAUGCCAACCUGGAGGACAGAAACGCUGACGUCAGGAAGAAUGCAUCAGAGGCUCUGGUUGGCUUCAUGUAUCACCUCGGUUAUUCGCCCAUGAUGUCCGCUUGCGAGAAACUCAAACCCGCCUCAUCGAUCCAGGUUCGCGGCCUACUGGACAAGGCCCGUUGCCUGGUGCCCGAACGCCCCGCUCCGCCCGGCAAAGGCGGCGCCAAGGGUGGAUCUGCCCCAGGGGCGGCAACUGCUGGAGGCGGAGGUGCAGCUGCCAAGGGAGCCGCCAAGAUGGGACCCGGCUCGUCGGCUACUAUUACCAAGUCGUCGUCUAAACUCAAGACGGCCAACUCAGCAAAAUCGUCGUCAGCCGGCAGUCGCAAGGGAGCCGACGAAGAGGCAGACAUCACCCCUCUCCUCCCCACCAACAACCUGAAGAACCAGCGAGUCAUCGACGAACAGAAGCUGAAGACGCUCAAGUGGAACUUCACGACGCCGCGUGACGAAUUCGUCGACCUGCUGAGAGACCAGAUGACCACGGCUGGAGUCAACAAGGCGCUAAUCGCCAACAUGUUCCAUCCUGACUUCAAGUUCCAUUUGAAGGCUAUUGAUCAGUUGAAUGAGGACCUAGGCUCUCAUUUGGCGGCGCUUGCCUGCAACCUGGACCUGAUUCUGCGAUGGAUGACACUGCGCUUCUUCGACACAAAUCCGUCGGUCAUCCUCAAGGGACUCGAGUACCUGCAGACCGCAUUCAACAUGCUAAUCGACGACGACUACAUCAUGCUCGAGAACGAGGCAUCCGCGUUCAUUCCCUACCUCGUGCUCAAGGUUGGAGAUCCGAAGGACGCAGUGCGUAACAGUGUGCGAGCCCUGUUCAAGCAGAUUGUGCUAAUGUACCCCGUCUCCAAGUUCUUCACCUACAUCAUGGAUGGCCUAAAGUCAAAGAAUGCCCGUCAACGCUCUGAAUGCCUGGAGCAGCUGGGCUACCUGAUCGAGUCGGUUGGCACGACUGUUUGCCAGCCAUCUGCCGGUGUGGCACUGAAGGAGAUCGCCAAACACAUCUCGGAUAGGGACAACUCGGUGCGUAACGGUGCACUUAACUGCAUUGUGGCCGCGUACUUCCUCGACGGAGAAAAGGUGCUCAAGACUGUCGGACAGAUAUCUGACAAGGACAUGUCUCUGCUGGAGGAGCGCAUCAAACGGGCGGCCAAGAAUCGUCCGGUGGCCAGCAUUAGGCCAAUGCAGCCAGCCGUGGCCAAUGUCAACCAGCCCAUGCCCAAGCCAGCCUCGGCCAGGCGAGCCGCCACACCCGACGAACUCGAACAGGAUGUGGAGCCGGAGGUGGAGGAGGAAGUGGAACCGGAGCAGCCUCAACGGGUGCAGGCUACGCCACAGAGAAGUGAUAGCAGCGAUCACAAUAUGAACUGCAGUGGGGAGUUGGAAGCACCCUGCUUUGAAGCCGUGCAAGUCCAUAGAGAUCUAGACUAUGAUGACGACCUGGAUUUCAAUACAUCGCCUAGGUAGAGAAAUCGGGGUUAU